AUGCGGACGCGUGAAAUGAAAACCCCACGGAACCGACUGGAUCCGAUCGACGCAACGCUAAACGCACGCGACCAGGAAUGGUAUUUCCGCACGCUCGUUCUGCGCUCGCGGCUCGGACCCUCCCCUCCCCCAUUUCCCGAGUCCCGAUCGGGCCUCCAUACCCCGCCCCCGCACGGCGACCCAUCAAAUCAAGGCACGCUUAGGCGGCCGUGGCCACCGCGACAGCUCGCGACGCGUAUAUGCGCGGGGUACAUACGUGUAUCGGCUAGCGGAGGCGAUCGGGCAUACGCGAUUGGACGGACUGCUGGUUCAGAGCAGUACGCUGGGAAGUAUAAGCACUCCUGGACGGCCGCACGCACAGGCGAUCGGCCUGCUCAGCUAAGCGAUACAGCCUCGCCCGUCCUAUUCAUAAACACCAACGGGAGCCCGCCUCGCCUCCUCCCCACGCGCGCGCACAGAAUCGCGCACAAGCUUGAUUGCAUACGGCGCUCUGAUACGCGCGCACGCGCGUGCACGCGCAGACGGGGCAAGGGCCGCGUGCUGUACAUGGCUUUCAAUUCGCCACCCGGCGGGGAUGCGAUUGCCUUGGUGGCGGCCGUUGGAGCAGGGACUCGGCUUGAGCGUGGGCACAGCAUGCAGCACGGGCCGCGCGGGGGAUCGAGAACGAAGGAAAGGGGCGUGAACAAGCCGUGGACGGCACGGCCUGAGGCGCUGUCAGUGUCCCGUUCUCGUGGUGCGUUCUUGAAAGAGGGAUCAAAUAGCAGGUGUGGAACCGGGAGGCUGGAUAUGCCGAUAGCGUAG